AACACUGGUCAGAACAAAAUGACUCACUUGGACUGAAACAAAAUACGACUUUAGUAAUUAUUCAUUUGCAACAGUUCUCGGUUUUGGCAGUGCAAUGGGCUUAUUUGGCAAAACUCCCAGCAAAGAUCCCAAAGAGCAGGUGCAAGAGUGGACGCACAAGAUACGGAAGGAGGGAAACCAGCUGGAUCGUCAAAUUCGGAGCAUACAGAGAGAGGAGGAGAAAGUAAAGCGCUCUCUGAAGCAGGCGGCGCAGAAAAAUGAUCGCGACACCUGCGUCAUUUUGGCCAAGGAGAUCGUGAAUGCACGAAAGGCCAUCAACCGCAUAUACACUUCAAAGGCGCACCUCAACUCCAUCCAGAUGCAGAUGAAGAACCAGCUAUCAACCCUGCGAGUAGCUGGAUCGCUCCAGAAGUCCACGGAGGUCAUGCAGGCCAUGCAGAGUCUAGUGCGCUAUCCGGAGCUGGCCGGUAUAAUGCGCGACAUGUCCAAGGAAAUGAUGAAGGCUGGCAUCAUCGAGGAGAUGCUGGACGAGACCAUGGACUCGCUGGAGGAGUCCGAGGAGCUAGAGGAGGAGGCGGGCAAGGAGGUAGACAAGGUGCUCUGGGAAAUAACGGACGGCAAGCUCGGAGAAGCUCCCUUGCCUCCAGAGGCUACCCCGGCGGACAAGGCGUCUACUUCUGCAGCCCGUGUCGAAGUACCGGUGGAGGAGGAUGAUGAGGAUGAGGGUGAAGAACUGCAGGAGAUGCAAAGCCGUCUGGCUUCGUUAAGAUCUUAGAGUGAUUUCUACUGGGAAGGCAUUUAGAUUCAAAAUUAGAGGCAAGUGAUUACGACUGGCAGGCCCUUUCCAAAUCUCGUCAGCGCUUAAUUAUAGAAUCCAAAAUAAUUUUCAGAAACUAAUAUUCAGUUGUAGUUUAAGUGUUCAGUGCCCCAGUUCAAAUUGUGUUGAACUGCACACGUUUUACUCUUAAAUUAAUACAAGUAUACUUUAUUUAUUGUAUAAUUUACUUUCUAUUAAAAAUCGAUCAUUUGCUGUGGCAUGAUUUUCCCAA